AUGGAAUCAAAUGAGAAAUGCCUGCCAGGACGCAGCGGUGAGAAUGGGCAUGACAUGGGAAGGAGCAUUGGGCAUGUUCUGGUCACGGGAGGGGGUGGCUACCUGGGCACCACGCUUGUACCCAUGCUCCUAGAGCACGGCUACGAGGUCACCAUAUUCGACGUGUUCUUGUGGGGAGUGACUUACUCCCUUCCGUACGCCGACCAUCCCAAGUUCCAUAUCGUAAAGGGGGAUGUCCGGGACAGAGAUCAGCUUGAGAUUGCUAUGGAAGGAAAAGAUGGCGUCGUGCACUUGGCGGCAAUAGUGGGCUAUCCAGCCUGUGACCGCGAUAAAGAGUCAGCGUACCAAAUCAACGUGAUCGGCACGAAAAACGUGACGGAACUGUUAAAGUCCUCGCAGAAGUUGGUGUACGCGUCGUCUGGAUCGUGCUAUGGCUCCGUAGAAGGCGUGUGCACGGAAGACACCCCGAUUAGCCCGCUGACGCUGUAUGGCAGCACUAAAGCAGAGGGGGAACGGCUGUGUGUUCAGGUGGGUGGUGUGGCUCUGAGACUGGCAACUGUGUUCGGCGUAUCCCCUAGGAUAAGACUGGACCUACUCAUCAACGACUUUACUCAGAGAGCACUGUGUGAGGGAAAACUUGAGGUUUAUCAAGGCAACUUCCGGCGCACCUUUCUGCACGUGAAGGACGCAGCGCGUGCGUUCAUGUUUGCUCUACUCAAUUACAAAGCGAUGAAAAGCAAGGCUUACAAUGUUGGAGACGAGCGUAUGAAUAUGACGAAAUCCGAUGUCGCCAUUGCCAUUCAGAAGCUGGUAAAAGACUGCACAGUCACUGAGACCGUUGGAGAAGACUUGGACAAGAGAAACUAUGAAGUAUCGUACAACAUGAUAAAGAGCCUGGGGUUUACAUCCACCAUAUCGGUGGAGGAAGGUAUUCAACAUCUCAUUAAAGUCUUGCCGUAUAUGAACAGUUCGGAAAUAUCGCGUGCUCGUAACUUUUGGCAAAUGUGA